ACUCCGUGUCUUUAUAUUCCUGCUGGCCGCCCGCUUGAGGUUCAUUCACAGCAGCGAGGGAGUUGCUGUUCAUCCUCCAUCCGUCCUUUCUCCCAUCGAUCCUCCCAUUCAUCCAUCCACCUCAUAUCUGGCGGUGUGUGGCCGCGUCCAGCUGUGCACAGCCAGUGUCGACAUCUACCUGACAGGGACACUUAGAUUUAUUUCCGUCAUUCCCAGCCUGGAUAUCAUCGCUGGCUGCAGACAUCAUUGACGCCGUUUUCUCCCGUAGGGACCAGGAGAUGGCCGGUUGACUGCAGAGCUUGCUUAUUGGCUGGCCGAGCUUGCCGUCAUGGCCAAAAGCCCGGAGGUGAAACUCGCCAUCUUAGGCCGAGCAGGGGUGGGCAAGUCAGCGUUGGUGGUGAGGUUUUUGACUCGACGCUUCAUCUGGGAGUACGACCCAACCCUUGAAUCCACCUAUCGCCAUCAAGCCAAUAUCGAUGAUGAGGUUGUCACCAUGGAGAUACUGGACACGGCAGGCCAGGAGGACAACCAGCAGAGGGAAGGUCACAUGCGUUGGGGCGACGGUUUCUUCCUCGUGUACGACAUCACCGACCGAGGAAGUUUCGAGGACGUGGCGCCGCUCCGGAGUCUUCUCGAAGAGGUCAAGAAGCCCAAGAACGUGCCCUUGGUCCUGGUGGGCAACAAGUGCGACAUGGACCACGUGCGGCAGGUGACCACCGAGGAGGGCGAGCGCCUGGCCGCCGAAAUGUCCUGCGCCUUCUACGAGUGCUCGGCGUGCGCCGACGAGGGCGGCGCCGUGGCCGAGGCCUUUCACGACCUGUGUCGCGAGGUGCGGCGGCGCAAGGCCGUGCAGGGCAAGGCCAGACGCCGCAGCUCCACCACGCACGUCAAGCAGGCCAUCAACAAGAUGCUGACCAAGAUCAGCAGCUAAGGAAGACUGCCGGGAAAGGAAGACUGCCGCGAGAGGCAAAAUAAGACGGGGGGAAAAACGUUUCUCAUGUACAGUAAAUGUUCACUGUUGAUUGUCUCCCAAAUAGACUGGAUGGGACUGCACUAGGUACUCAUCUGUCACCAAAAAGUGCAAUAUAUCAUGCCUUUGGCGCACAAUCUCUGCAAAUGUCCAAUCAUCAUGAACCCAUUAGAGACGAUGACAUACCGAGGGAUGGAAAUGGACCGCUAUUGUAUCCCGCUUCUGACUGCAGGUAGCUAAUAUUGUCACCUCAUGGAUUCAUUCUUGCUCACCAGUCCGUCUCCAUUUCGCUCGAUAAGCGAGUCAGUGCGUAAUCCCGAUUGGGCGCUCAUGACAACCAGGUAGACAGAUGGGUCGUUCGCGCUCCGUGUCGUAUCUGUGGGAAAUAGUCGUAGACAGGAUGUGUGUGUAAAGUGUUACGGUAGCUGGGGGUUGAUUAAAAAUCAAACGCCGUGAUUGUCAAUCCAAAGAAAGACCUAGUCGUCUGUUACUUGCCUGCCUCUUGAUUAGAUGAACUCGAGUUAAAAACAGCGGUGCCUUUAGAGACGAACGACCUGACUUUUGGAGAUUCAAAAAAUGCUGUUGUUCGGAUCCUUAAAAAAAAAAGACUCAACUUGCUUAUGGCGUUAUAGUUACAGUUACUAUUUAUUUUUAAUCAUGGAUGAAACUGUAAUUUUUCGAUUCAUCACUUCGGAACGAAAAAUAAAUAUUCCAUCUCCAUUCUCCCAAAAUUAUUUAUUCAUAUUGUAUUUUAUCCCCAUGAGAAAAAAGAACUAUUCUUUCUGAAGCUUACUGAGGAGUUGUUCCCGUCUUAAACCGCCACCAGGCGACCAAGGCACAUGUGCCAGAAGGAGCUGCAACAUUCAGCAAAUUAAUUGUGAGGCACAUACAAGAUGCUGAUGCCCCCACAGAAAAAAAAUAACGAAUCAUUUAAUUUAAUAAUUACAUAAUUUGGGGCAGGCUGGAACAGUUUAAUGGCAUUUCCAUUCAUUUCAAUGGGGAAAGAUGAUUUGAGAAGGCUUCAAGUCACUAGCGUGAAUUCGCGGGACAAUAUUGACGCUUGUAUCGAAAAGGCACCACUGUAUGUCGUGUCGGAAAUCGAAUCAAACCUCAGGAUGUCCCGAACCUACGACGAGAAACCAUCACAUCCAUACUAACAUGCAUCAUGCUCCAGGGGAUGUUGCUCUAACUCUUCGACGGUAUUCAACAGUAUGUAAGCCUUCAGCACUGCUGCUGCAUCUUAGCCGACAUGUACAGUGAACGUAUGUAUUAAAUGUUUUUUUUUUCCAAUAUGUGACCUGUCUACCUGUCUAAAUGAUAAUUCACAAUUAAAAAUGAAAUGCACUGCACAUUG